AUGCCUCAGGAAUUGCAGCAAGUCUUCAUCCUUCACGUUGACCUAUCUCCCCCGCUGGAAUUUGGCAACACAUUCAGCGGGGAUCGCCGUUUCAUCCCCAUCACCGGAGGCUUGGUUGAAGACUCCAGCGGGCAUGUCGUUGGCAAGAUCCUCAAUGGGGGUGGUGAUUGGAAUGCAGUGAGGGCUGACGGCGUCGUCCACGUCCUAGCAAAAUACACCAUCCAGCUCGAGGAUGGUACGCUGGUCAACAUCACCAACGAGGGCUACGGCCGUGCCUCGCAGGCCACCAUGAAGGCUGUCUUUGGCGACGACCCAGCGUCGGCAUCCAUGGCGGACGAGGGUCGUGCGUGGUACACCAAAACGUGGCCUAGAUUUGAAGUUGCCCCCGGGAAACACGACUGGCUCAACAAGUCAUGCUUUGUAGGGAAUCUUUUGCCGCCGCAGAAGCCGAACCAUGUCAAGAUCGAGAUCCAUCAGUUGCUCUAG